UGCCGGGCCGCCGCCGAGGGGCCCUGCCCGCCCCUGCCCAGCCUGGAGCCCAGGCGAGCCAGCGCGGCGAGCCUCCUCCCCUCCCGCCUCGGGCGUCCUGAGCCCGCGCCCGCUCCAGUUGCUGCAGCUGCUGCUGCUGGCGGCUGCGGGGAGCGCGGGGCGCGCGCCGAAGAGGCUCGGGCGGCGAGGACGGGGACGAGGAGGAGUCGGAGGUGGCGAGGAGGAAGAGCGAGCGGAGACCGAGGGGCUCAGCGGCGUGGCGACAGGACUCGGGGAUCCGGGGAGCAUGGGCUAGCAGGCGGCCACGGCCCGGCGGCCGGACGCGGUGAACCUGCUGCGGCCGGGCGCGCACUGGGGCGGGGAGCCGGAGCCGAGCGCAGCCAGGAGAGGAGGGCUGGCGCGGGGGCGCCAGGGCGGAGGGGGCCGAUUAUCCAUUAUUAACGAGUUGUCUCCUAAUAAGCAGAGAGCGGCUCGUUAGCCGCGCAGGAGGCGCGCGGGGAAGGGGGGUCCCCGGCCGAGCGCAGCGCACACCCGUGGCGCACGGCGGGCGGCGCGGCGCCGAGGACACCCGGGCCCGCGCGCGGAGCCGGGGCGGGCCCGGGGGCGGCACAGACCCCGGGCGCGGGAGGCCCGCGGCGCCCCCUGGCUCUUGGCGCUCGGGGCCAGCGCAGCCCGGGGCUAGCGGGGCGCGGGCCGGGGAGGGGGAGCUGCCAGCGCUCUCCAUCCCCCUCCCCCUCGGGCUGGCCGGCGGCCGGGGGGAGGGCGGGCGGCGGCGGCUCGCUGUAUAUAUCUCGGCGCACCCCGCCAGGUCGCGCACAGCGCCCCGAGCCCAGGCGCCUCCCCGCCCCCCUCCCGCGCUCCGCGGCGGCGGCGGCGGCAGCAGUAGCAGCAAUAUGGCUGUUGAUGGGUGUUUGGGGUGGCGCUGGCGGCGGGAGGAGCUCCCCCGAGCCCCUGCGCCGGCUGCCCGUUGCUAGCUAUGGCAAAUGGUGGCGGCGGCGGCGGCGGCAGCAGCGGCGGCGGCGGCGGCGGCGGAGGCAGCAGUCUUAGAAUGAGUAGCAAUAUCCACGCGAACCAUCUCAGCCUAGACGCGUCCUCCUCCUCCUCUUCCUCUUCUUCUUCUUCCUCCUCCUCUUCCUCCUCGUCCUCGGUCCACGAGCCCAAGAUGGAUGCGCUCAUCAUCCCGGUGACCAUGGAGGUGCCGUGCGACAGCCGGGGCCAACGCAUGUGGUGGGCUUUCCUGGCCUCCUCCAUGGUUACUUUCUUCGGGGGCCUCUUCAUCAUCUUGCUCUGGCGGACGCUCAAGUACCUGUGGACCGUGUGCUGCCACUGCGGGGGCAAGACCAAGGAGGCCCAGAAGAUUAACAAUGGCUCAAGCCAGGCGGAUGGCACUCUCAAACCAGUGGAUGAAAAAGAGGAGGCAGUGGCCGCCGAGGUCGGCUGGAUGACCUCCGUGAAGGACUGGGCGGGGGUGAUGAUAUCCGCCCAGACACUGACUGGCAGAGUCCUGGUUGUCUUAGUCUUUGCUCUCAGCAUCGGUGCACUUGUAAUAUACUUCAUAGAUUCGUCAAACCCAAUAGAAUCCUGCCAGAAUUUCUACAAAGAUUUCACAUUACAGAUCGACAUGGCUUUCAACGUGUUCUUCCUUCUCUACUUUGGCUUGCGGUUUAUUGCAGCCAACGAUAAGCUGUGGUUCUGGCUGGAAGUGAACUCUGUAGUGGAUUUCUUCACGGUGCCUCCUGUGUUUGUGUCUGUGUACUUAAACAGAAGUUGGCUUGGUUUGAGAUUUUUAAGAGCUCUGAGACUGAUACAGUUUUCAGAAAUUUUGCAGUUUCUGAAUAUUCUUAAAACAAGUAAUUCCAUCAAGCUGGUGAAUCUGCUCUCCAUAUUUAUCAGCACGUGGCUGACUGCAGCCGGGUUCAUCCAUUUGGUGGAGAAUUCAGGGGACCCAUGGGAAAAUUUUCAGAACAACCAGGCUCUCACCUACUGGGAAUGUGUCUAUUUACUCAUGGUCACAAUGUCCACCGUUGGUUAUGGGGAUGUUUAUGCAAAAACCACGCUUGGGCGUCUCUUCAUGGUCUUCUUCAUCCUCGGGGGACUGGCCAUGUUUGCCAGCUACGUCCCUGAAAUCAUAGAGUUAAUAGGAAACCGCAAGAAAUACGGGGGCUCCUAUAGUGCGGUUAGUGGAAGAAAGCACAUUGUGGUCUGCGGACACAUCACUCUGGAGAGUGUUUCCAACUUCCUGAAGGACUUUCUGCAUAAGGACCGGGAUGACGUCAAUGUGGAGAUUGUUUUUCUUCAUAACAUCUCCCCCAACCUGGAGCUCGAAGCUCUGUUCAAACGACAUUUUACUCAGGUGGAAUUUUAUCAGGGUUCAGUCCUCAAUCCACAUGAUCUUGCAAGAGUCAAGAUAGAGUCAGCAGAUGCCUGCCUGAUCCUUGCCAACAAGUACUGCGCUGACCCGGAUGCGGAGGAUGCCUCGAACAUCAUGAGAGUAAUCUCCAUAAAGAACUACCAUCCGAAGAUAAGAAUCAUCACUCAAAUGCUGCAGUAUCACAACAAGGCCCAUCUGCUAAACAUCCCAAGCUGGAAUUGGAAAGAAGGUGAUGACGCAAUCUGCCUUGCAGAGCUGAAGUUGGGCUUCAUAGCCCAGAGCUGCCUGGCUCAAGGCCUCUCCACCAUGCUUGCCAACCUCUUCUCCAUGAGGUCAUUCAUAAAGAUUGAGGAAGACACGUGGCAGAAAUACUACUUGGAAGGAGUCUCAAAUGAAAUGUACACAGAAUAUCUCUCCAGUGCCUUCGUGGGUCUGUCCUUCCCUACUGUUUGUGAGCUGUGUUUUGUGAAGCUCAAGCUCCUAAUGAUAGCCAUUGAGUACAAGUCUGCCAACCGAGAGAGCCGUAUAUUAAUUAAUCCUGGAAACCAUCUUAAGAUCCAAGAAGGUACUUUAGGAUUUUUCAUCGCAAGUGAUGCCAAAGAAGUUAAAAGGGCAUUUUUUUACUGCAAGGCCUGUCAUGAUGACAUCACAGAUCCCAAAAGAAUAAAAAAAUGUGGCUGUAAACGGCCCAAGAUGUCCAUCUACAAGAGAAUGAGACGGGCAUGUUGUUUUGAUUGCGGACGUUCUGAGCGUGACUGCUCGUGCAUGUCAGGCCGUGUGCGUGGUAACGUGGACACCCUUGAGAGAGCCUUCCCACUUUCUUCUGUCUCUGUUAAUGAUUGCUCCACCAGUUUCCGUGCCUUUGAAGAUGAGCAGCCGUCAACGCUAUCACCAAAAAAAAAGCAACGGAAUGGAGGCAUGCGGAACUCACCCAACUCCUCGCCUAAGCUGAUGAGGCAUGACCCCUUGUUAAUUCCUGGCAAUGACCAGAUUGACAACAUGGACUCCAAUGUGAAGAAGUACGACUCUACUGGGAUGUUUCACUGGUGCGCGCCCAAGGAGAUAGAGAAGGUCAUCCUGACUCGAAGUGAAGCUGCCAUGACCGUCCUGAGUGGCCAUGUUGUGGUCUGCAUCUUUGGCGAUGUCAGCUCAGCCCUGAUCGGCCUCCGGAACCUGGUGAUGCCGCUCCGUGCCAGCAACUUUCAUUACCAUGAGCUCAAGCACAUUGUGUUUGUGGGCUCUAUUGAGUACCUCAAGCGGGAAUGGGAGACGCUUCAUAACUUCCCCAAAGUGUCCAUAUUGCCUGGUACGCCAUUAAGUCGGGCUGAUUUAAGGGCUGUCAACAUCAACCUCUGUGACAUGUGCGUUAUCCUGUCAGCCAAUCAGAAUAAUAUUGAUGAUACUUCGCUGCAGGACAAGGAAUGCAUCUUGGCGUCACUCAACAUCAAAUCUAUGCAGUUUGAUGACAGCAUCGGGGUCUUGCAGGCUAAUUCCCAAGGGUUCACACCUCCAGGAAUGGAUAGAUCCUCUCCAGAUAACAGUCCAGUGCACGGGAUGUUACGUCAACCAUCCAUCACAACUGGGGUCAACAUCCCCAUCAUCACUGAACUAGUGAAUGAUACUAAUGUUCAGUUUUUGGACCAAGACGAUGAUGAUGACCCCGAUACAGAACUGUAUCUCACGCAGCCCUUUGCCUGCGGGACAGCGUUUGCCGUCAGUGUCCUGGACUCGCUCAUGAGCGCAACAUACUUCAAUGACAAUAUCCUCACCCUAAUACGGACCCUGGUGACCGGAGGAGCCACACCGGAGCUGGAAGCUCUGAUUGCUGAGGAGAACGCCCUUAGAGGUGGCUACAGCACCCCGCAGACACUGGCCAAUAGGGAUCGCUGCCGCGUGGCCCAGUUAGCUCUGCUCGAUGGGCCAUUUGCAGACUUAGGGGAUGGUGGUUGUUAUGGUGAUCUGUUCUGCAAAGCUCUGAAAACAUAUAAUAUGCUUUGUUUUGGAAUUUACCGGUUGAGAGAUGCCCACCUCAGCACCCCCAGUCAGUGCACAAAGAGGUAUGUCAUCACCAACCCCCCCUACGAGUUUGAGCUCGUGCCGACGGACCUGAUCUUCUGCUUAAUGCAGUUUGACCACAACGCCGGCCAGUCCCGGGCCAGCCUGUCCCAUUCCUCCCACUCGUCGCAGUCCUCCAGCAAGAAGAGCUCCUCUGUUCACUCCAUCCCAUCCACGGCAAACCGACAGAACCGGCCCAAGUCCAGGGAGUCCCGGGACAAACAGAAGUACGUGCAGGAAGAGCGGCUUUGAUAUGUGUAUCCACCGCCACUGUGUGAAACUGUAUCUGCCACUCAUUUCCCCAGUUGGUGUUUCCAACAAAGUAACUUUCCCUGUUUUCCUUUGUAGUCCCCCCCUUCUUUUUUUUACACAUAUUUGCAUAUGUAUGAUAGUGUGCAUGUGGUUGUCAUUUUUAUUUCACCACCAUAAAACCCUUGAGCACAACAGCAAAUAAGCAGACGGACCAAAAGUUAUUUAUGAUUCUAGGGGAAAAAUAACCCAAAGGCAUGCUCCAGACAUAAAUAGCUCACUGCAGGAACGAGUUCACAGAUUAGAAGGGAGCCCUUGUGAUCAAUGUCAGUUAGGCAGAGCACGUUUAUUUAAUGUAAAAGAAAAGUUGAUUCUGAUUUAUCAGGAUUAUCAGGGUGCUUUGGGUUUUGAUUUUGUUGUUGUUGUUGUUGUUCCUUUCCUUCUUUUUUUAUACACACAGUAAGUUAGCACAUGUUUAUUUGAAACAAGCAACCAGACAGCAAUGAAAACAUAUCGAUUGUUUCCAGUCUCUGGGCCGAAGUAUUGCGAAGCAUUUGAAAAGCUUUCACAAUUUGUGUAGAUGAUUUUGAAGGACCUGCUUGUUGCAAGAGAACAUCAGAGAUUUUUUUAGUUACUCACCAAGGCCUUUCGUCCCAGAGUCAGUUCCCUCUGGGAGUUCUUAUGAACAUUUCUCACCUUAAUGUGGAGGAAAGAAUAGUAUUCCAAUCAUGGAUGUAUCAAAUUCUAGUCAUUUAGUUUAAGUGAAAAGAGGUUUGAUUGCAUAUUAAAUUGUUAUUCUGUCUCCUUAUGUUGCCAUAUGAAUAGCUAGUUUUUUUCUUUCACUUUUGACAUUUGGGAUGAAAAGCCAUAUGUAUCAUAAAUAUCAGAUGUAAGUCAUUAAAAACUGCCUUCCUGGGACUUUCACAUCUUUUAAAAGGUGAAUUACUUACCUUAUGUACAGAAUAAAUAAUGCUCAGGAAAGAGCAAGUAUUUUUCCAUGUAUCCUCAGGGGAUCCUUUUACUCCCCUUUGUUUGAUUAGUUAGGGCCCCAAUGCCAGGUAGGAGGAAGGGCUGGGGCAGAGUGAGAGGAAGACAAACCCAGCUGCAGAUCAUGUUUUUCUAGGAGCCGACAUGCUAAAUAAAUUAGAAUGUAGGAGGAUCAGCCACAGUUGACUCAACAAAGACAAAAGACAGCCACCACCUUCGACUGUUGGCACAGCUGCACAGUGCUGGCUGUCCCAAUGCAGAAAGCUGGUGGGAAAGAAUUCCUCAUCAUCACUUUAGUUAAUGUAGCCAAUUUAGGCAGGGUAAUGACGACAAUAGAGAGCUGCUCUUUGUCAUUAUGAGACGUGGGAUGAGAACAGUGCAACAGUGAGCCAAACACGUUUUGGUAUAGUUAUUUUUUCUUUUGUUUUUGUUCUUUCUUUUUUAACACUUAGUAAGCAUGAGAGGAGAGGUAGAAAAAUACCCUUUUUUCAACAUAUAGUUGUCAGAUGGUUUGUGCAUGCAAAUCAUGCUUUAGGCAGUGCGGUAGUUCUUAAAAAUUGGCCAAUUCACCAUAAGCAAUUUCUCUUAUGGAUGGACUAGGCUGGUAUAUACAUAUUUGAACAGUUUACUUUAAAGAAUUCCAUCAAAUAGAAUAGGGGUAAAAGGGAGGAGGAAAACAUGUCACAGCUGUACCAUCUCUAAAAAGGUGUUUUUAUGGUGAAUGUUUUGGAUUUAGAUUUUGGAUCCCUCGUCCCCUCAAGCAUGAUAGUUUUGGAGAUUUGCUUGCUGUGUGAAUUGACAAGCACUUUUACUGACAAAUGGUGAGGCUCUGUCAGAACCUCCACCCUCCCCCGCACCAAAGACAGGGGCAGCGUAGUAUUCAAACCAGUAUUGUGAUGGGGAAUAAUUGUAUACAUGUAAAUUAACAAGCCCUAUGAGUGGAAUAAUUUUUUCAAAUUAUUUUUGUCUUUCUAUAUAUUGAUUUAUAUUAUGUAUAACUAUCUCUUUAUAUAAAACUAUAUAUAUAACUAUAUAUAUAUAACUAUAUAUAUAUAUAACUAUAUAUAUGUGUCCCCUAGUAUUGGAUCAUGAAGAGCUCUUCAUGCAUUCUUUGCAAAGGAGGUUAUAAAGUUACGCCCUCAGAACAUUUAUAACUAUAAGAAUGUGCCAGUUAAAGUGCUCAACAGGAAAUAUGACAGUUUAAAAGCAUUGUAAAACUCACAUAGCUUACUUCUCUCUCUAAAGUGCAACAAGGAUGAAUAGAAUGGGCCAAGGUAUGACAAUUAAUGGUUCUGCAUGACCUAGCCACUGCUGGGGGUUUUCUUCUAUAACGUUGUCCUUGUGAAAACUUUUGUGAAAUUAAAAAAAAAAAGGAGUUACAAAUUUUA